GUAAAACAGCAGCAGAGAUGGACGGGCUGGUGAAACGCUGUACUGCGUUGCGUUUAUUCCACUAACCUUUAACCAGCUGCACACACCACAGGUGCCGCGGACAGGAUUAUUCGUGCUUUUCAUAAAAACGCACGUAAUUUGUCUCUUACAACCAUAGGAUCUCGAGCUAGCAGAAUGGCAGGUGCGGUGGGUGGCGGUAGGGGCUGCGUGACGCUCCUCGGCUCUCAGAUCCGGGACCUGCUGGACGCGAAGCACAACGUGCUGUUCGACUGCGACGGCGUCAUCUGGAACGGCGAGACGGCUGUGACCGGAGCUCCGGAGGUGGUGAGUCUGCUCAAGCAGCGAGGCAAACGGGUGUUCUUCGUCACUAAUAACUGCACCAGGCCGCGGGAGAUCUACGUGCAGAAGUUCAGCCGACUGGGCUUCACGGAUGUGGCCGAGGAGGAGAUCUUCAGCUCGGCGUACUGCUCCGCCGCGUACCUGCGGGAUGUUGCCCGGCUGCAGGGGAAGGUAUAUGUGAUCGGGUGUAGCGGGGUGAUGAAGGAGCUCCAGGAUGCUGGGGUGUCCGUCGUGGAGGAGAAUGGAGAGGAGGAGCCGGGUACCAGCAUCUAUAACUGCCCCCUGGAUCCGGAUGUGAAAGCUGUGCUGGUGGGGUACGAUGAGAAUUUUACCUUCAUGAAACUGGCCAAAGCCUGCUGCUAUCUGAGGAACUCUGAGUGCCUGUUUCUGGCCACUGACCCUGACCCCUGGCACCCGCUGAGAGGAGGUAGAGUCACUCCAGGUUCUGGGAGUCUCACCGCAGCUUUGGAAACCGGCAGUAACAGGAAGGCAACGGUGAUCGGGAAGCCCAGCCGUUUCAUGUUUGAGUGCAUAGCGAGUCAGUUCGACCUCGACCCCGAUCGCUCGCUGAUGGUCGGUGACCGUUUAGAGACGGACAUCCUCUUUGGCAGCAACUGCGGUCUUUCCACCAUGCUCACCCUCACGGGUGUCUCAACCCUGGAGGAAGCACAGAAAUAUAAAAACAGCGAGUCGCCGGAGCAGAAAGACUGUGUACCGGAUUACGUGGUGGAAUCCAUCGCAGAUUUCCUGCAGGCUUUGGAAGAAUAGUCUUCAGUUCUCUGCUCACAGUUCAACCUGAAACACAAACAGACUUUCAUUGCUGUAUUUCCAGUUCCAAUCCCAAUGCUGUGUUUUAAAGGAAUAAUUCAACCAAAAAUCAAAAUUCUGUCAUCAUUUACCACACUCAAAAUAUGUACUUUCACUAUCGCCAGAUUUACUCAAUCCUCCCAUGUCCGUAUUACUCUGGAACUUCAUAAAAGUGUCUUAUCUGUGUGCUUUGGGACAACAGGAAUAUUUUUUGUUUGGUUAACUGACACUGGGCAGAGGAUUUCUAGUUUCCAGCAUGCUUUGCAUGGGACUCGACAUGGAGAGUAAAAAGUGUUAUUUCAUGUGUCUUUGUGCAAGAGGAAAAUAAAGGGGGAGAUUUAGAAGAAUUUCUUUUAUGUUGUAGUUUUGGGGGUUACCAUCAUGGAGCUUGAGCCUAGUUUGAGGACCAGUACAUUUGGAGUAUUCUAGAUAUUCCGUUAUCCAAACUGACCAAACUGCACUCAGUAGUGCUUCCCACCAGCAUGUGUUUAGCAUGCUAACAUACAGUAGCUGGCAUAUCAUUAAAAGUGUUUCAUUUGAGGUACUUUGAUGUUAAAUUUGGUUGGGUUUACUCAGUUCAAUUAGGUUCCAUCUACUUGAAGUAUUUAAGUAGAAAUAACAUGGUAUUUUAAUUGAAUAAAACUCAUUUCAAACAUGUGGCACCAUUGCCCAUGAUUGAAAGUUUUUUUGAGUGCACACUGUUUCUUUCUGGAGCACACAAAGGUACAUUUUGAAGAAUAUGCUGGCCGCUCUUUUGCAUCUAAUGAAAGCGAAUGUGGACUCGAGCUGUCGAGCUCCAAAAAGACAAAAUGCACCAGAAAAGUGUCAUUAAAGUUCUAUGAGGACAUCAUAGAAAGCCAUACAUUGGCAGUUUUUCAUGUCAUUGUUGAAAUGCAUUGUAGGAGAUACUCAAUAAUUUACAAUACAAUGAUUUUUUUUGGGGGGGGAUUUUUCCCUUUCUCCCAAUUUGGAAUGUCCAAUUCCCAAUGCGCUCUAAGUCCUCCUGGUGGCAUAGUGAUUCGCCUCAGUCCAGGUGGCGGAGGAUGAAUCCCAGUUGCCUCCGUGUCUGAGAGCAUCUUAUCACAUGGCUUGUUGAGCACGUUGCCAUGGAGACAUAGUGCAUGUGGAGGCUUCACGCCAUCCACCACAGCAACCACGCUCAAUUCACCAUGUGCCCCACCAAGAACAAACCACAUUAUAGCAACCACGAGGAGGUUACCCCAUGUGACUCUACCCUCCCUAGCAACCGGGCCAAUUUGGUUGGUCACUCAGCACGCCCUGGGAUUCGAACUAGCGAACUAGUGAACUCCAGGGGUGGUAGCCAGCGUAUUUUACCACUGAGCUACCCAGGCCCCUACAAUACAAUGAUUUUAAUUUUUUUGCUACAUUCCUAGUCACUCGCACAAAGCUAUUGUAUGGCUUAAGAACACUUGAAAUAUUGUGCACACAUUUGGACUACUUUUAUGAUACUUUGUUGUCAUUUUGGUUAUGCCACGUGAUCAACUUCGGGUAACAAAUUCAUGAAUUCAUUUUGUGUUCCAAGAAAGUCAGACAGGUUUGCAACAACAUGAGGGUUUGUAAAUGAUGACAGAAUUUUACUUUUUUUUUUUUUUUUUUUUUUCAUAAAAAUUUAGUGCAGGCCCGGUGAAUUUUAGCAUCACCAUGACUUGGUGGAUGUAACCCCAUGAAUUCUCACGUGUUUGUCACGAGUCAAAUGACAUGGAUGUAUGUUGUGUUUGAGGCACAUAUCAAACUACUGGUAGUUAAACACUGGAUACUUACCUUAAAUGUUCUGGCAAAAGGUUCUUAACUUUUAGACCAGUCAGACAAAACCACCUGCCUGUGGUAUACACUGCUAGAGUUGGUUGUUAUCAUCUUGUGUUGGUUAGUUGUCUCCGUUUAGCUCAGUUUAGAGUUCACUAGUCCAUAAAACGUCACAGUCCUUCAAGUCAUUUAAAUUUAGGAAUAACAUGCAAAUAGAUACAUAAACACUGAAAUGUUAACAUUUCCCCUUUUUAAUUUAGUUUUGGCAAGAAGUGUCUUGUAACACUAACAGUUAACAGAACAAUUCACUCUAGUAUAUGAAGAUCAAUUCUUCGUAAUACGGUUGAAAUUGCAGUGAAUAUACCAAGUACAAAAUAAAAGAUAAAAAAGGAUCAUUAUUAUUUUAAUAAGCAUCUUACAUAAUGGUUUACACUUGUCAUUAAUUAUUCAAGCAUUCUUACCCAACACAGUCGGUCAGAAGACAAUCAAAUAUCUUGAUGGUAACGUUAAGUUAUUCACACUAAUUUUCAACUUUCAGUUUCUGUCUGUUGGUUUAGUGAAUCUGAUAUUAUCUGUGUCCAGUCAUAAUGCACCGUGCCAAUUUAAAUGUGUACUUAGUAAUGGGAAAGAUUAGAGCGGUAUUAUUAGUAGGGGUGAACCAAUGCAGUGACCGUAUAAUUCAGUUGUAGAAAUGGUCUGGUUUUGGUGCCAAUUUGUAUUUAUUUAUGAAUUAAAAUGUACUUAAGCGUGCUUGACUGAGAUAUGGCAUUCAUAUAUUUUACGAAAAACGUAUUCUCUGCUAUUCACUUGUUUGUUGAUUGGGUUUUAUCUGCCUUUAUUAACAAAACUGACCUUUUUCACCCAAGUAGUUAAUGUAUUUGAGAGAUUAUUAUUUCAGAUCAGUUUAUGAUUUUGACAGUCAUCCAUGCAGAUUAAAUGCAAUUUAUUGCAUAAUUCAGUGGUUCUGCUUUACGUCACCAAAUAAUACAAGCGUUUAUAAAGCAUCUAAGUGAUCUGCAAAAGUCCACAAUGUGCCAGAUAUAUUAAAACACUGAAUGUGAUAUUGCAUGAAUGGUAGCUAAACGGUACAUUUUGUUUAAAAGCCCUGUAUCUCUUAUUAUUGAUUACAGUUAGAAUUGUGGACCACUUUUGUUUUUAACUAGGAUCCUGAGUGAUGUGUCAUUAAUCAUUGUUUAUUAUCUUUAGACAUUGUGUUAUCCCUGAAACAUCUUCUGAAAGAUUAUAAUAUUGAUUUGAGAGGAUGGCAAAUCUCUGUAAAUGCAUAUAAUGUUUACUGUGAAAUGGUUUGAUAUGAAGUUGGCACUCUAUGUGGUGUAAAUUCAGUUAAAAAAAUGCUUUGUAUCUUGUGUGUUUCA